AUGAUCCAGGUGACUAGAGAGACCCUACUCUCUCUAAGCGCCAGGGAGGGUAGCAGUUCAUCACCAUGGUUGCGGAAUGCAAAUCGAGUGGUGGUUGCGGUUGGACUGGCAGUCAGCACCAGUGCUCUUAUAAUGCGAAUUUAUACAAAAGCUCGGAUAAUGAAGAAGUUCUGGUGGGACGACGUAAUGAUACUCAUGGCUUGGAGCUCUUCCGUGGCUGUUCAAACAGCCAUUCUGUGUAUAUUUGCCAAGAUCCAGCCUGGGAUUUGCGCGCAAAACGGCUAA